GCUCCGGUGGUUCGACAUCACCUCACCCGGCGUGAAGAGAACGACGGCGGUUAAGCUAGAUGGUACUCCGAUUUGGUAGCUAGCGUUAGGGAUUUUUUCACCUCCACUUGAAGAAACAUUGAGCCAGACCAAACCACCAUGGCUCUCUACGAAUAUGUCACGAAGGAGCAGCUGGCGGGGUUCGACAGAUAUAAGUACAGCGCCGUGGACACGAACCCCCUGUCUGUCUAUGUUAUGCAUCCUUUCUGGAACUUUUUAGUGAAGUUUUUACCAACAUGGCUGGCUCCGAACCUCAUCACAUUUACGGGUUUCAUGUUCCUCGUGUUGAACUUCUUGAUGUUGGCCUUCUGGGACUUUGACUUCACUGCCUCUUCUGCAGGAAACCAGCAUGUGCCUAGCAGGGUGUGGGUGGCAGCUGGGAUCUUCAACUUCUUAGCCUACACACUUGAUGGUGUUGAUGGCAAGCAGGCUCGUCGCACCAAUUCCUCAACACCACUAGGGGAGCUCUUCGACCAUGGGCUCGACAGCUGGGCCUGCAUCUUCUUUGUCGCCACGGUGUACUCCAUAUUUGGGCGUGGGGAAAGUGGCGUGAGCGUAGGUGUGCUCUACUACAUCCUGUGGGUGGUGCUGUUCUCCUUCAUCCUGUCCCACUGGGAGAAAUACAACACGGGCAUCUUGUUUUUGCCCUGGGGAUACGACAUGAGCCAAGUGACCAUCUCGCUUGUUUACUUGGUCACUGCUGUAGUGGGAGUGGAAACCUGGUACCAGCCAGUGAUCUUCACUUUUACCUUUAUGAUCAUAUGUGAGUUGUGUUUGUUCUCUAAAAUGAGUUUAUGUUCUUCCCUUGGCGGAUUUUAAUAAGCGUUCUGUUUAUUUCCAGCCUGUUCUUUUGCUGUGACAUUACCCAUGAGCCUCUAUAACGUCUGGAAGGCUUACAGGAACAACACUCUGAAGCACAGCAGCCUGUAUGAAGCCUUCCUGCCUUUCCUUUCUCCUGUCCUCCUCUUCGUCUUGUCCACCAUCUGGGUUGUCUUCUCUCCGUCCAAUAUCCUCGAGCUGCAGCCCAGGAUUUACUACCUCAUGGUGGGAACAGCUUUUGCCAAUGUCACUUGCAAGCUGAUCGUGUGUCAGAUGAGUAACACACGCUGCCAGCCUCUGACCUGGCUGCUGCUGCCAAUGUCCUUGGUUGUGGGCUCAGUUGUCACAGGGGUCGUCACCAAUGAGACGCUGCUGCUUUAUCUGUGGACCGCCGCUGUCAUACUCGCACACAUACACUACGGCAUAUCUGUGGUGCAGCAGCUCAGUGAUCAUUUCAACAUCUUUGCCUUCUCGCUGAAGAAGCCCAACCGAGACUGACAGGAGGAGGAACGAAUCGGCCUGACAGCAGCAGAGGUUUAAACUGCUCCUCUGUUCGACACUUCACCCUCACCCUAAAACCCCCCCACCUCCCUCCCUCCCUCCCUCCCUCCACAAUGACGCUUCGAGUGAACAGACAGUGGCCCUCCUCACAAAUACACAUUCCCAAAGCAACUAAUCAGACUCUGUUCACAACAACGGGGUUGGCCCCGGGGCCUCAGGCUUCCUUCACUGCUGAUUGGCUGACUUGAGCCAAUGAGGUGCUAUUGUUUCCUACGGAAAUGUGCUUCGAUGGUGAGGACCUGAGCAGUGAGAAGACACACUCCACGGAGGCCCUCAUCACCCAGAGCAUUCAGGACCUCAUUAUUCUAACCUCAAUAAUCAAACUGAAGCUAAUUUUAACCUCAGUCCUGAAUCAACAUCUUAAACUCCGUACAGCCUGCUCCAUCAGGUUUGCACAUUGAAAAUGAAGAUAAUACUGGUAAGCUGUCUCUAAAUACAGAGAACCCACAUAGUAUUAUGGAUGUAGAGCAGUGCCCUGAGGGGGAGCCUUUUCAGGUGACCCGUCUGAAGGAGUGAUGUCGAUCAAACCUGGAAACAGAACAUUGGAUUCCUACGGUUCUAGUUUUGUCCAGAAUUAAAUUUUUUUUUUUUUAAUCUUCCAUCAGUGAUAAUUGUUAAUAACUUCUUGUGUAUAUACAUAUACAUAUAUAUAUAUAUAUAUAUAUUAAGACCAUUGUUUGGGGUUUGUAAAAAUUGAGUAAAGAAGCUCAAACGAGGAUUUCCUCCUGUAAAAUAUUAUAGACCUUUCACUCUAAUUAAUUCUCCAUGAGGCUCUGUGGUUACAGCAGAUUUUAUUAUUUACUAACUGGGAUAAACCAAUCAGGUUUUACUAACCUUCCUUUGUUCUAUCCGGGUACCAGCUCUCCCCUUUCCCUCUGAGGUGUCGUGGUUUUCAUGCUGAUUCGUUCUUUUGGUUUGAUUUUUUUUUUUUUUUUUUACUUAUAUUUGUGUCAGCGUUAGUUGUUAUGUUGCGCAGCGCUUGAAUGAAGAGUGCGUCCAAAAACCGCCAGUGGAGCGGACUCACUCUGAGGGACCAAGCCUCCGCACAGAACAGCGCAAAAACUUCACGCUGCUUGCCGUCACGCAGACGUUACCUCGCUCGUUUUCUACGGUCCGGCGUAGAUCUUGUCUGGUUGCAUUUUUUCCGUCUGUUGUCUCAGAUUUGGAAGGUGUUCAUUUAGGACGGUUUAGGUUCGUUGAGACAGAUCCUUGCUCAGAACUAAAGACGCUCCAGUCGAUGUGUCUGUCAGGAUCAGUUAUAAACAAAGUCAGAAUAUUUACAAAGCACUGAAUGAAGACUGAGAACAAGUUUCAAAUGAAGUCAGGAAAGUCCUGGAAUGAUACAUGUUCUCCAGGUUUUUAUUAGAGUAAUAUGGCUUUGACCCUCCCCUACCUGUUGCUGUGCACUGCUGGCAAGCAGCCUUAAAGAUCCUACACUUGUUGCUCCAAAUUUUGACUAUUUGGAAAGUGCUACCUGAACAGAAAGCCUGAAUAAUCAGGCUGCUUUUAUCUCUUUCUUUAUAAUAAAAGGGAUGUUUGGUGAAAUAGGCACCUGAAACCACUCCUACCUUAUCAGAUGUUUUAAUUAAACAUUUCUGUAUUCAAUCUGUAUCAACAUCCCAUAUAAAAACAAAUUAAUAAGAUGUUAUUGUUUUCACUCUUAAUUAUCCAUAAAUUGCAUUAUUUAAGCAGCAAAGGGAAUGCAUAUGGAUGUCCUUUUUGCUUUAAAGAAUAAAAAUGUGAUCAUGUUAAACAUCUUGUUUUAAACCAUGGAGAAAGGAAUGUCAUUAUAGCCUAGAGGGAGUAAUAUUUUAUUUUGAUGGUAAGCUAUAAAACAAAAACAUAUUUUACAUGUUUUUGUCUAAAACAAGAAACAGAUUUAAAGCUUGUUUUUAGGUGCUUACUUCACAAAAUUCUAUCCCUAGUUUCCAUUUAGUUUUUGUUUUUAUUUUAGGGAAUAACAAUCUGCUAUUUCUGGUUAAUGGUUGGGGGAAAAAGGCCUUUAACUGGCUGUUAAACUGCCACGUCACUCAUAGCUUCCCAUCUGAACUUGUAAACCACGCUAACCUUAUUCAGUGAAGGUGGCGCACUUUGUUCCCACACAAUGAGUGUCGUUUUUAUUAUUCCAUUCAGCCAGCUGACCAGCAGUGUGCAGCAAUCAGUAGGGGAGAGGCUUAUUACAAAUGGAAAAAAAAAUCCAGUCAUUUUCGACCUCUUAGGAACAACUUUAAACUGUUAGUUUGUAACAAAAAAUGUUUUAGUUUUAAAAAGCUUUAGUUUAGUUUGAAGACGCUGUUUUUCUUUCAGCCUUCCCCAAGCGGUAAAAUGAGGUCCUGUUUAGUUCAAAGCUCCAUCUGAAACGAAUAGGAGACGCAUUUGUCUCAUGUUUUGCAGAUGAACGAAUGGUUACUAAGCAACGCUGCACAUUUUUCCUAACGUGAGUUACGAUCUGUUAAGUGGCUCAUUGUGGUUUACUGAGGUGCUGUAGUGGCUGCAUUGUAAUAGCUCCUUUCACAAAGCCCAUCUGUGUGGACACUGAUGAUUGUUGUUAUGUGUUAAAGGCUGUGAUUUCUAAUGGGUAUAUGCACUGUCCGCUUUGUACAGCUCCAUGUGUACAGAUCUGUUUGCGAAGUAUGACUGUAUACGCUGUAUGUUUGAAUGUCUGUGUAAAUACUGUUUUAUUAUUUAACUUCAUUUUUAAACCAAGUGUUUAAACGGUAGGCAGAUUUCUCCUGUGAGUUGGGACACCAUGCCAAUCAGCACUGCAAUCUACAAAGCUGUCUACAGCACUUACACUGUCUCUGUGGUUUGUUUGUUUCAUUUUUGCCUCGUUAAGGUCUGUUUGGAUCAAAUCCAUUUUGUUUUCCAGUGGGAUUUUCUGUCAAAAGACUGAGUACUUGUAGAUGGAACGUCCUGCCUUGUGAACACUACAAGCACUGCUGGAUGCAGUAAGGGAUUUGUACAUCAGGUAUAACCUGGGAGAGAACAACUGUGCCAUUUAAUAAAACCAAGAGAAUGAGUUUUCAUGCUGCUGACAGUCCUGGCUCCUUAACGAUCUAAUGAUAAUAAUUUUUCUGUUUUAUAAAGAAACUCCUCACUGGGCUUCUCUGUCUAAAAAACAGCUAAGCUGUUGUGUCCUGCAGCUCUGGAAACCACUCUAGAGCAUCAUGGUGGGUUUUUUUCUGUGUUGUCGUAUUUAAUGGUGAAGAUAGGGAGCGCUCCUACACAAAUAAAGCUAAUUUUCUUUAAAAAAAAAAAAA